GACAUUGUGAGAAAAGGAGGAGUGUGGAAAACGUAAAACGGCACGCUUUAUGAAGUUAACUUUACUAAAACCGAUACUCGUUUAAUCGCGUUUUGUCAUAUAUGGUUAAACACUAGUAGCGUUUAAAUCUGGUGUUUUUUGGGUUUUUUUUUUUUUUUUUUUUUUGGUGAAGUUUCAGAGAUCUGUUUUUCCCGAAAGAAUGUAUUACAGUGGGAAACUAUAGGACUCGAGAUCAAAGAAGCUUAACUGGAGAACGCCAGAGAAACCCACACAACUCAGACAGCUUCCUGAGAGAGAGAAAGAGCAUUUGGAUCAGGCGUAUAUUUGUAAGAGUGCUUAUUUCUUUUAGCGUCUUCAAAUUGCUUAUUUCACCGAGAUGCAUGUGUGUUUUAACUGUACGUCUUGGGGAUGACUUGGAACAGAGGAAAGUUUUAUGCACAUCGGAUAAUUUGAUCAAGUUGAAAGAGUACUUUAUUUUAUAUGUGCAUUUAGCUUGAACAGAAGAAAAACAUACGACUCUACGUUAUUAUUUAACUAAGACAGUUCUUCGUUCUUAAUCUGAUUCGGCAAAGGAAGCGUUCCAACCUAUUCUCGUUGAUCUAGCUGUCUGAACUAAAAAACUUUCUCGGAUCUCUCUUGUAAAACAACGAGGUUGUGUGAAGCAACUAAAGAAAAUGUUAGUUGCCGAUCCUUUAUUUUAUAUUAAAACUAGGCCGCCUACCCAGAAGAAACUAAAUCAUUUACAAGGUGGUUUAGUUGUUUUUCUCCAUGCUGUGGUUUUGCUGUCUGCUCAAGCAACAACCUGCCCGCAGAACUGCGAGUGUUCUGUGCUUGGCAGAACUGUAAAUGUAAACUGCGGCAACAAGGGCUUGAAUGCUAUUCCCCAACCCUUGCCUUUAAAUGUUAAGACUCUUGUUAUAACGGGGAAUGACAUCCCUCACCUCACGCAAGAUGCUUUCCCACAGUCACUGGACCAGCUAACUAACCUUAACCUAAGUUUAAAUAAGAUCGAGGUCAUCGACCCGUUUGUCUUCGCCAAAAUGCCAGUCCUGAAAGAACUUGAUCUGAGCAAUAACAGGAUUUUCAAGUUCAGUCACGAAGCUUUCAGUACCAACAAUGUAUUGCAUACAUUAAAUCUUAGCAGCACCCUGUUCAAUAACUCCUUCAUAGAGGAAAUAUCCGCUUUGGUUCAGAAUGAAACUUUAGUAAACUUGGUGACGUUGAAGUUAUCAGGUAAUGAUCUGUUGUACCUCCCCGAGGAGAUGUUUGCAAGCUUACCAAACCUGAAGACACUUGACUUAAGAAACAAUUCAAUUGUUAACCUGAAAAAUGGGACUUUUAAAAAUCUAAGACUUGAGAGUUUGGACAUGAGAAAGAACUCCCUGAAAGAACUCGCAAACGCCACCCUGAAUAACUUUGACCUACAACCUGGCAUCUCCAUCCAGCUGGUGGAUAAUGCUUGGGUUUGUGAUUGUAAUAUUGAGGAUCUGAUUAUUUGGCUUGGGAGAUCGGACGCUGUGUUGGACAAAAGGAAUCUGUCCUGCGCUUUCCCAGACAGAUUGAGGGACACGCGGCUCAUUGAAGUGAACGUCUCGGAGCUGCACUGCACUUACGACGAAGGCAUGAAAAGCAUUUUGCAAACUUCUUAUGUCUUUCUGGGAAUCGUGCUGGCGCUGAUUGGAGUGAUUUUCCUCCUGGUUUUGUACCUGAAUAGAAAGGGAAUAAAGAAGUGGAUUUAUAACAUCCGGGAUGCCUGCAGAGAUCACAUGGAAGGGUACCAUUACAGAUAUGAAAUUAACACAGACCCGCGGUUAACCAACCUCAGUUUGAAUUCUGAAGUUUGAAACUAAUUGUAAUAGACGGCAAACCUUUGGGUGUAUUAUUUGAGGGCACGUGGACUUAUUAUAGCUAUGCAUGAAAUCCUCUCGCUAAAAAUAGGCUUACGUCAGUGCUUGCCCUUUUCCAUAGAAACCAGACUUUGUAACAGUAGGAACUUGAUUAAUUCCUGCUUGGAAUUUGGCACACGCGCCCCUGUUAUGUGAUCUUCACUGGUGUGUUUUUUCGUUCUUUGAUGUUGUGCAGUGCUGAUGGUGAUACUUACAAUACUGUGGGGGCCUUAGCAAGGAUAUUCAACGGUAGUCUAUUUGAAGAUGCAUUUUUUUCCCACAACAACGCGCUUGCAAAGACUGUACAGAUUUUCAUAAUUCUUUUAAGUAUAGUAUUAAUAUGUCAAUACAUACAGUAAGCAUGUUUAUGCUGUGCAAAGUAUAGCACAUUUACUGUUUAUACAUAGCCUGCAUAUUAUUAUUGCCUUUGCAAAGCUGAAUGUUUAUUGUUAUCGUCAGUGUUUUUUUUUUUUGUUUUGUUUUGUUUUGUUUUUUGAGAAAGAAUAAUGCUGUUUAUAAAGUACCGUGCACGUCAUAAUUCUUGGGUUUUGUUCUAAAACCUGCUGCAGUUAUUUUUUAAGUUUUGGGGUUUGCAACCUUAAAACAAAUAAGACUUUUAAAGAGCUUGCAGUUAAAAGGACUGCUGUAGCACUAGAAUAGAAGGUUUUCGUAUUUCAUCAAAAAUAAACUGUACAAAAUACUGGGAAGAAGUAUGAGUGUUGGGAUUAUCUAUUUUUGCUUUACAGUCUUUCCUCUGAAACCAAAACUGUAAAAUAUAACGAAACAGAUUUAAACAUUAGUACUGUAUGUGUCUCCAAGCAUACACAAAAUUGGGUUACAGGAGUUCACCAAGGCUACUUGUACAUGCAUGCACAUGCAGUCUCAAUACAUCAAUCAAUCAAUCUUUAUUUUAUAUAGCGCCAUCACAAAGCACCUUAAAUGCAUGGCUAGCCUGCACAUAGCCUGCAAGGUGUAGUAAUUAGGGGUGAGUUAUAGUACUCGAAAAAAAUGUACACAAGGUUUAAAAGUUACAUUUUUUAUUUUUAUUUUUUCAUGACGUUUGGGGCAACAGAGCUGUUUUAAAAGAAAAGUAAACUCCGUGCAGACAAAUACACAAUCCUAUUGUUAUCUCUACCGGACCUGGCAGCAAUCAAUUCCUGCGUUUUGUACAAGAAAUGCACCAGGGAAAAUAUCAGCAGGAGGGAUUUCAUCUUGAAGCAAGCCACAGCGCUUCAGCAGACACAUUUAGAUGAGAAAGCUGCAAAGCUUCAGGCUAUAGCAGCUCAACGUGUGCUGCACCGAGUGGCACACGAAGAGCUGCACAUGUUACUUUCGUUUUAAAUUAAAAACUACUUUCCUUUUUGCAGUUUUGUAUGUACAUAUACAUGUUUACACACUAGUUUAUUUUAAAAUAUUUAUUUUAUUAUAUUAUUUUCAUUUAUUGAAGUAGUUUUUUAUAUGAGGUAAGUUAGAAGUUAGAAAAUAAGCCCUUUUAUGUUUAACUGUUCAUUUCAUCAGUGCAGAUGUUUGAUAUGAUGUGCUUGAAUAAAAGUUGCAGCGGAUAGUUGACUUUCAUUUAAUAUUUAAUAUUCACUUUCAUAUAAUAUUUAUGCUGUUUAAAAUGUACCGUCUUAAUGGCUGGCGGCGGCGGUUGUAGUGUUAAUGUGAUCAUUUUUGUGGCGCAUAUGUGGAGUAAUUGUCUGGUUAGAGUACUCGAAAUUUUUUAUGCUCGAGCAUUGGAGCACUAAAUUACUCGAAAUUACCACCCCUAGUAGUAAUUAGGUAACAGCACAAUAUUUAGAGAGCUUCUCCUAAUAGGGAUUUAUGAUUGUGUACAAUCAUGUAACAUAUUUUAAAUAUUUAUUCCAAAAGUAAAAAAAAAAAAGAAAAAAGAACAGAAUCAAAAUUCAUGAAACAGAUGUCUGUGGGACUUGCGUGUCUCUGAUAUGGUUCAAGUCAAAAUUAUAAUCUUCUAAUAUUUGGUUCAUAAUUUCAUUUUUUAAUAAGCUGCCCUUACGAAUCAAACGCAAUUUUUACUAAUUUGUGGUCUGCCUGUAGUAAGCACAAAAUGUUACUGGAGGGAUAGAAUUCAGAGAAACCUCUUGUUCCUGUGGAACGUGUUAUGUUUUGUUUUGUAUAAUAUACUGCACCAGGAACGCAAGAGAAUUAAAAACUCUGUACUUCAGGUCCUUUUGCUUUGCUUUUUUUAAUUUAUUUUUUCAACCAGUGAAACAUAAGCAUGUUUUAAACAAGGUUAUAUGCAAAUAAACAAGAAUGAAAAAGGAAGUCGUGCACGUUGUUCGAUUUGUAAGGUUAAAAAUGUGUAAUCACUUAAGACUGGUACUAAGCAGAAACAGCAGUAGAGAAUUACACAACACACGCACACGCACACGCACACGCACGCACGCACA